AUGCGCCCUUCACCACAUUUCCUCGCUGCCGUUGCCCGCAGCAGACCUUCAAAACUGAAGAAGCCAUCCAUCAGUCUAGACCAUUUCAUCCAAAGACAGCGGGUCCUGUCAUUUUGGCGAGAAAUCACCAGAGCACUAAUAAAGAUCCCGCCCUCGUCAACAAGGACGGAGCUGCAUCACUAUGCGCGCACGGAGUUCGAGCGCCAUCGCGAACUGACGGAUUUGCAACAUAUACGAUAUCUUCUUUCGACGGGCAAGUCAGAAUUCGAGAUGAUGAGGCGCUAUAUUGAUGAACAGGUUGCUGGUUGA